AUGUUGCCGCUGCUACGCCCCGCGAUUCACCACCUAAAACCACGAGCGUGCAUAUCUCGCCACCUCAACACAACGUCAAAGCUCUCACUACCACGGUACCCCGAUAACACAAGCAGUAGCAGAAGCAACCGCACUCGAGUCACCCACGAAAUAACCCCCGAAGAAGUACGCAAAUUCCAAGAAGCUCAAGAAAAAGCACGCCAACUGGGCUUCACCUCCUCCUCGUCAUCUCCUGACCCCAGCCAAUACUCCCGUCACCAUGCCGCGCACUCUCCUUAUAUCCACAUACCCAACAAUACAAACGGCAUAAUCACCCCCGAGGACCCCAUAUACUCCAUCUUGGCCGAACCGACGCUCGUGAUUGAGCGGCAAAUCGAGUUUAUGAACCUAUUCAUCGGGUUCGAACAAGCAAACAACUACACCAUCAUGAACGCUUCGGGCCAAAUCAUCGGGUUCAUGCAGGAGAAAGACGUGGGAUUGAUGAAAACGUUGGGACGGCAGUUUUUCCGGCUCCAUCGUCCAUUCGCUAUCGACGUUUACAACUUACAGGGCGAAUUGGCACUCAGCAUCAAGCGGCCGUUUUCAUUUAUAAACUCCCACAUCAAAGCGUUGCUCCCCGGGUACAACCACGCCAACAAUAACGAGCUCAUUUACGAAGUGGUAGGCGAAAGCGUGCAGCGAUGGCACUUGUGGAGACGCAGAUACAAUUUGUUCAAGUUGGAAGAUGAAGAAACUGAUGAUUAUGAACAGUUUGGCGAUGUUGAUGCUCCGUUUUUGUCGUUUGAUUUCCCAGUUAAGGAUGAGAGUGGACAAGUUAUAGCUUCGAUUGACAGGAAUUGGGUUGGUCUCGGCCGAGAGAUGUUUACUGAUACUGGUGUUUACGUGUUACGGUUCGACCCAAGAAGCUUUGAAGGCAUGGAACAAUACUACGGUGAGAUUAGCAAGCUGGGGAUCACGAUGGACCAAAGAGCGGUGAUUUUGAGCUGUUUCACGAGUAUCGAUUUCGAUUACUUUUCAAGACACUCGGGUAGAGGUGGACUAUUUGGAUUUGGAGGUUUUGGUGGCUACGAUGAGGUUUAA